GCUCAACAACAUCCGACCCGACCCCGCAUUCGAUCCAUCGCCAUAAAGUGGGGUGCUUCGCUGUUUCUUACUUUAUUUGCAAAGCCGGUUGAGAAGCACAACCGGAAGUCCUAUUACCCAAAUUCCAAAAUCUGAAUUGGAAAUUGGGAUCGCAGCACCCUGGCUUCCGAUAUCUGGAAACGGCUGUUCCCGGCACGGAGCAGAACAGCAGGACUUGGAGGUGCAGCAGCAGUAAGGUUUCCAAUCCCGAAGAUCAUUACCUCAAUUGCUCGUCGAAUGGAUCACAUCAACUUGUUCAAGCUCUGCUCUGCUCUCCGCGUUCUCGGUUACUUCAUGAUCCUCCUCUUCGCCGCCAUCGUCGCCCUCUCCUACUACGCCGUUGUUAUCAUCGCCUGGGGCCCUCUCUUGUUCCACUCCCAUUCCCCACUCGCCUUCCUCAUUCUCUUCCUUUUUCACAUCCUUCUUAUACUGUUGACAUGGUCCUACUUCAUGGUGGUUCUGAAUGACCCUGGUUCUGUCCCCCAUAAUUGGAGGCCUUUGCCCAUCUCUCAGCACCACGAUUUAGAAGCUGUCACUACUCCUAUAUCACUCUACUCUCAAGUUGCACCUGAGUCCGAGGCUGCAGCUGAGGCUUCUUCUUCCUCUUCUUCCACUGGCUAUUGUACUCGAUGCCAGAAUGCCAAGCCACCCCGUUGCCAUCACUGCUCUGUCUGCCAAAGAUGCGUUCUUAAGAUGGAUCAUCAUUGUAUUUGGGUGGUGAAUUGCGUUGGAGCACGUAACUACAAGUAUUUUCUGCUCUUCUUGCUAUAUACAUUUCUUGAGACAACACUGGAUUGCUUAGCUCUGGUCCCCAGUUUGAUCAGAUUCUUCAGUGGAGCUAGAAAUCAUUCAUUAUCUCCUGGGGGAUUUGCUGUAAUCUUUUUGGCUUCUAUUCUCAAUUUGGCCUUUGCACUGAGUCUUCUCUGUUUCGUAGUCAUGCAUAUAUCUCUUCUCUUAAGCAACACAACUUCGGUAGAGGUUUAUGAAAAGAAAAAAGCAGUCAGGUGGAGGUAUGACUUGGGAAGGAAGAAGAAUUUUGAGCAGGUUUUCGGCACAAACAAGGCGCUAUGGUUGUUGCCAUUGUUUUCAAAAGAGGAUAUAGACAACAUACCUGCACUAAGGGGGAUUGAGUUCCCAACACGUCCGGAUCUUGAUGUAUGAGGCAUGGUGACUUGAGCUUUUGUAGUUGAAUAAGCGAUGCCAUCGUCUGCUUUUUCCAUUAAGUUUCAGCAUGGACAUGAAAAUAUUGCCAUUUUUCUUUGAAUGUAGCUGUCUAGAUGUAUAUAUGUAAUCUUGCAUUUGAUUAUUCUUAUAAGCAGUUUAGCAACCUGACAUCUAAAGGUAAUACACUGUACAUUUACCUUCGAAAUUCAGUCCUAGUGUACUUCUUGACCUGUCUAUUAUUGCAUCAUUUUAUAAGAGAUAUUGUCGUACGUUACUAGUGUUCUAUGUGGAAUUGGUUGAGCUUGAA